AUGACAUAUGCCGAACGAUACCCAGAAAGAUACCACCCACCUCACAAUUAUGUUUUAAGACUUUUACAAGGGUUAAGUCAAGAAGGAAGAUUUCCUGAUAGACAAAUCAACCAACAAAGGCGUAGAGCAAAUUUGUUUGAUGAAGACAUAGAAUUACAGGUACUAGCAUACAUACGAGCUAACCCACGAUCGUCAAUUAGGCAUGUUGCUCUCGAAAUUGGAAUUUCAUAUGGUUAUGUACAAAAAAUUUUAAAAAAACAUAAAAUGCACCCGUAUAAAAUUGAUUUAGUUCAACAUUUGCGUGCAGGAGAUUCUACUCGUAGGUUAGAAUUUAUAGCUUGGUUCAAUAUUCAAUUUCAUAAUAACCCUCUAAUUGUCAAUCACAUUCUUUGGAGUGAUGAAUCAAAAUUUACCAAUAAUGGCAUUAUGAAUAAGCAAAAUCAUCGAUACUGGGAUGAUACAAACCCACACUGGUCACGUGAAACUAAUUUUCAAACGGUCUAG